UCGAAGGAGCAUAAACAAAUAUGACAGAUACAAAUAAUAAUAAAGCCUCGGAGGCGGGUGAUCUUGUUCCCGCUUCUGGCGAGAUCAACUCCGCUGCCUAUGUGGCGAAAGCGCGAAGAGGCGAUGCCGGCGUCUGCGCAAAGCGGGUCCUACGGACGCCGUCACAAAGAAAGCGAUGGGACCGGCCUGACCAAGUCUUAGCCUCCACUUCGGGCGAGACUCACACUGCCGAAAGGGGAUGUGAAGCGAGGAGUGCAGGUGGCUCUCAAGUCCUAAGGGAGUCACCUGAACACAUGUGGGACCCGGUACCCAUUAGGGAUACCGAGCCCUUGACCAUCCAAGGAGAGAUUAAUGCGGUCAUGAGUUGUCCAGUAUGCUUGGAAAGUGGCCAAAAUAUCGACUGUUUGGGUGCAAAACAGCUAAAUGACCACAUUUCCAAAGAACAUCCAACUAUUUCGGUAAGAUGGAUGUGUGAAAGUUGCCAUAAAAUCCUUCCAAAAAUACAUGCGUGGCGAUGCCACAUCCCCAAGUGUAAAGGGGAAAUAGAUAAUACGCAGAGGGCACACAAAUGCCUGGAAUGCCCAAGAACAUUCGAUACAGCGUCGGGACUGUCUCAGCACGAGCGGCACGCUCAUCCCAAAAGCCGAAACGCCAAACGAGCGGAAUUGGCUGAAAAACCUACCGAGAGGGCAGGUAGGAAACUAACAGUUUGGACAGAGGAGGAGCUCGAAAGACUCGAACAACUGAGUGCCGAAUUUCGGGAAUCGAAGAACAUAAACAUAAAACUAAUGGAGUUCUUCCCCGAUAAGACAAAUAAACAGAUAAGCGACGCAAGACGUCGGAAAGUCCGACGGGCUCCUCCCCGGUCACCAAUAAAUGAACACGCAGAGAAUGAAAACUCUGAAGGCGAAAAUGCUGAGACAGAGGCAAUACACGCUCUCCCGGCGCAACACGAUACAGAGACCCAAAGACAUGAAGCAAUAGACGAGCCGGAAACCACCUCGUCCGUUUGGAAGGAUUUAAUAAAGGAAAUGAUAAAUAAGGAACAAACAGUACCAAGCAGGUGGACAGCCAUGACCGCAAUACUAGUGGCCCUAGCGAACAAAGAUAGCGUAAAUAAAGAAGUUGAGCGACUGUGCGAUGAUCUAGCAAAGGAAUUGAAUGACCAAAAAUGCGAGAGUAAACAGCCAAGGGAAAUUAAUAGGAGGAAAUCGAAAGCGCGGCCUCCAAACAGAACAGAAAGAAGACGCUUUGCCUUCGCCAGAUGCCAAGAGCUCAUAAAUAAAUGCCCAAAGAAACUAGCGGACGCAGUGACGGCCAAUGACCUAUCACUACUGUAGAUCCGACGUCCGCCAGACACAAAUGAGACAAGGAAGCUGUACACCGAGCUAUGGGGAACUCCAGGUCCCGUCCUGACAUCCCCGGUAACGGUGGAGACUGGCAUAGACACUGAAGCAGUCUUCACACCGAUCACAGCAUUAGAGGUGAGCAAUAAGAUCAAACGAAUCGCCAAUUCAUCGGCGGCAGGCAUAGACGGCAUCACAAAAGUGGCACUAACGGGCGAGGGCAUAAGCGUCAUACUGGCCAAGCUUUUCAACCUGCUACUAUUGAAAGAGAUCUACCCGACCGUUUGGAAACAAAACCGAACAACACUAUUUCUAAAGGCGGG